GCCAUGCAGGCCGUGCCCCGGCGCGGCGGUUCUCUGGAGGGGGCGCCGUGCCCGCGGGAGGCCGGCGGGCAGCUAAGUAAGUCCAACUACAUGAUGAUUGAAGAUAAUAAAGAGAACAAAGACCACGUGCCUGAAAGGGGAAGAACUGCCAUCAUUUUUUCCUUGAAGAAUGAAGUUGGAGGCCUUGUAAAAGCUCUAAAACUCUUUCAGGAAAAGCAUGUGAACCUGGUGCACAUCGAGUCACGGAAAUCCAAGAGACGAAAUUCGGAGUUUGAAAUCUUUGUUGACUGUGACAGUAACAGAGAACAACUGAAUGAGAUCUUCCAGCUCCUCAAAUCCCACGUCAGCAUCGUCUCUAUGAACCCAGCAGAGCAUUUCAAUGUGCAGGAAGAUGAGAUGGAGAACAUUCCCUGGUAUCCAAAGAAGAUCUCAGAUUUGGAUAAGUGUGCAAACCGAGUGCUGAUGUACGGGUCCGAUUUGGAUGCUGACCAUCCAGGUUUCAAAGACAAUGUCUAUCGUAAGAGGCGAAAGUAUUUUGCAGACUUGGCUAUGAACUACAAGCAUGGUGACCCAAUUCCCAAGAUCGAAUUCACAGAGGAGGAGAUCAAGACUUGGGGGACUGUGUACCGAGAGCUUAACAAGCUUUACCCAACUCAUGCCUGCAGAGAGUACCUUAAAAACUUGCCGUUGCUCACCAAAUACUGUGGGUACAGGGAAGACAAUAUCCCCCAGCUGGAAGAUGUGUCCCGGUUCCUGAAAGAGCGCACAGGUUUCACCAUUCGCCCUGUUGCUGGGUAUCUGUCACCCAGAGACUUCUUGGCAGGAUUAGCAUUCAGAGUUUUUCACUGCACUCAGUAUGUUAGACACAGCUCAGACCCUCUCUACACACCAGAGCCUGAUACCUGCCAUGAGCUCCUAGGCCAUGUCCCUCUUUUGGCUGAACCCAGUUUUGCUCAGUUCUCCCAGGAAAUUGGUCUUGCAUCGCUUGGGGCAUCAGAUGAGGCUGUCCAAAAACUGGCAACAUGCUACUUUUUCACUGUAGAGUUUGGCCUGUGCAAGCAAGAGGGACAGCUAAGAGUUUAUGGGGCUGGCUUGCUCUCUUCUAUUAGUGAGCUCAAGCACUCGCUCUCUGGCAGUGCCAAAGUCAAGCCUUUUGAUCCAAAGAUCACCUGCAAGCAAGAAUGCCUCAUUACAACUUUCCAGGAGGUUUACUUUGUUUCUGAAAGCUUUGAAGAAGCAAAGGAGAAGAUGAGAGAGUUUGCAAAAACCAUCAAACGUCCAUUUGGCGUGAAGUACAAUCCAUAUACUCAAAGCGUGCAGAUCCUGAAAGACACCAAGAGCAUUGCCAGUGUGGUGAACGAGCUGCGUCAUGAGCUGGACAUUGUCAGCGAUGCCCUCAGCAAGAUGGGCAAGCAGCUGGAAGUUUAACAUUCCCAUCAUUCGCGUUGUGCGCUCAGCAACUCUUUCUUUUCCCCACUUGUCUCUUUCUAGGCACGUAACGUCUUGUAUGCAGAACUUUCCUUUACUAAUGGAAGAGUGAAUAGCCCGUAAAGAUAAUCACUUUAACUCACUUUAACUUAUUUUUCUGUUUAAAGUCCCUUACAGAAUGUAUUUCCUUCACCUCCAUUCCCUGCGGAUAAAGUCCUGGUGUUGCCUUGGAGAAGCUAGCAGAGGAAGAGAGAAAUCUCUAGGCUGGAGCAAAACUGUGGUCUGUGGAUCAGGGCUAGGAUCAGAUGCUUCAGAGAGUGGCUCAUGAGGCAAUUGUAGAACAAUUUGGCACAGGGAAGUGUCUUUCUGAUGCUAGUAGCCUAUGCUGCUAAUUUUGCAGUAGUGUAGACCUCAUAACAUAGAAGCUAUAGUAAUCAGUGCUUCUUUGUGCUAUUAAGUUUAAAUAUUCCGGUUCAGAACUUGAAUGAUUACAGCUCAGGUACCGGGACACAAAUAUCUGGAAGUUUGUUAUGACAAAAUGGAGGGGUCAUAUCUCCCUUUCAUAGGGAUCACUCUUGCUCCCAAAGAGUUGCAGCUGUACUGAGUGGCCUGUUUCUAGUUAAAACACAGAGGUACAGAGCUAUUAUGUGAAAGCCUAACUGAUUAUUUCAGGAGAUUUUCUGUCACCUCAAAGAGUUUGGACUUUUGUUGCUGUCCCUGGUGUUACAUCUGAGGGAAGACACUAAGGAAAUAUCAUUUGCCUUUUCCCUCGCUGAAUAAAUGUAGCCAGGAUUAUAGCAAGCCAUCAGGUUCUGACUUAGCACAAAGCCUAAAACCAUUUCAGAAUUACAGUCCUAUAUCCAAAGUAGUUUCACAGGACUGAGAGAAGCCCAGUGCUAAAGUAACACCAGAAUUUAAAAUGAGGGCCAAAGUUUGUAGUCUCGUAGACAUCCCAUUGAUUGCUUUAUUAACCUUGCAAACUGCAUGAAGAUAAAUUUAGCUUCUUCCUUGCUAGGCCUGAACACUUGUAUUCUCCAUCAAGCAAAUAAGUGAAAGGUAGAAAUAUUUGAUGGAAAUCUCCAUCCCUGGAGGCAUUCAAGGCUAGGUUGGAUGGGACCCUGGGCAUUAUAAUCUGGUGGUUGGUGACUCUGCAGGGGAUUAGAAGUGGGUGGUCUUUAAGGUACCUUCCAACCCAAUCCAUUCUGUGACUGGGAUCUUGUGGCUAUGAACACAAAUAUUUAUACUUUCAGCUAUGAGAUUUUAUUCUAAAGAACUCUUUAUGAAUGUUGGGAAGCGGUGUCCUGCUGAAUUGUCUGUAUAGCAUAGCAGUAAAGUUGCCUGAUUUCAGGACUGCAUAUUUCCAAGCAUCCUGUAGAGCUGUAUGGAGCUGGGCUGUCUGCUGUUGCUGCCAACCCUGUUUAUGAAGUUAAUUUAUGCAUGUAGAUGGUGUAAUAAAUUUGAAUUGAUGAUUUGUGGAGUGCACGCUAGACCCUGGUUCUCCAUAUGUGGUUCUUACAGAAAAUCCAGCUUGCAACUGUGGAGGUCGCUGGAAAAAUGAACUGGAAUCUUAAAUACGCUGGUCCAAGUCCUUUGGGAAUCAGAAAGGACUUUCAAGAACCUCUGUUCUUGGCCCUCCCCUUGUUUCAUAUGCCUUCCCAUAAGCUGCAUCUGCUUUGUAAGCCAUCUUUCCAAAUACAUUCACUAUUUAAAUCCAGUCUAGAUAAUUCUCCUAUGACUUUAUUAAUCCACCAUUGCUAUUAUUUUUUUCUAAGAACAUUUUGGAUGUGUGAAAAUGUGGUCUACAGCUUACAUUGCACUUUUAAAUAGAUGUUAGGAACUUCCUCGUUAUAAGAAGAAACCUUCUGUUUGAAGUAGUAAGGGAAGAUGUAUUGUCUGCUUCUGUGCUAACAACGACCAUUCAGCUGCAUUUUAGAAACGAUAAGGUUGUUACAGUGUUGGAAUACAGGUCUGUGUUACUUGAAAUCUUUGAGCUACACUGUGAGUGGCAGACCUCACACCUGCUGCAUUAGCACGGGUACUGCUGGGGAGAAAACAAACAGGAAUGGUGUCUUUAUUUGCACCAGUGUAACAAAACAAUCUGCUGCCAGCAAUGUAAGGCAGGUGCGUUUUCGCGUUGUUAACAACACGUACCUUCAGCUUCAACAUCCAACCCUUCUGGCUAGGUAGAGUAUUAACAAUUUACAUAUUUUAAACCGUUGUGGAGGCUUUAAAUGUCAACUAAGUAAAAGUGUACCAUCCUGCUGGAAAUGGGUAGAACAGGUAGAAUUUUCCUUCACCACUUCAGCAAUAAACACAAACCAUUCUGACUGAG